AUGGCCUCUAUAGGCGUUUUUAGAAGCCUUCGUGCUUCACUUGUAUACAUUACAAUUCUGUACAUUAUUCUCGGACCAUCCUCAAUAUUCAAUUUUCACAACAUUUUUAACAACAGAUUCUUCUUUGUAGACUCAGCAGUGACCGGAAACAUCACUCAAUGUGUCAGAAACAGCGAGAGACUUUUUGACGAAAAGUCCUGUGUCAUGAGAUUACACACCAAUGUCGAUGUUUCACAUGGACUUAGGGAGUUCCAUUACAUAUACAGAAGAAAAGACGACUUGUCCAAGGGUUUAUAUUUGAUUUUAAAGACUUCAAACACAAGCGUUGCAUAUACACUUGACUAUCAAACUACUGUACCAUACUAUUAUACUGACCAUACGGAAAACUGGACUUCUAGUGAGAUUUCAGGCGAAUUGAGAACAUCUUGUAAACGAGUACAAAACUCAAAGUGUACUAAAACUGCUGAUGUUCCUCCCGGCAUUGAUUUUUUGCCUAGUGUUUGCUGUAUCUGUGGUGUCAAUGUUCAUAAAUCCACUCCAAGAGCUAAUUUCAGAUGUUCAGGAUUUGGUAGGAGAACAGUGUUGAGUAUGAGUUGUCUUGAGGCGGGAGCUCCCUGGUAUAAGCUCUACAAGACAUCUUAUCCACCACUUGUUAGCAGAAGUGUUACUGUCAACAUAUAUAAAUUUGACAGUUCUAAAGGCAUUAUGCCAGAUGUUUCAUUGGAGGAUGAAGGAAAGUUUGAUAAUUAUGACUUUAAAAAGAGGCAGAAGAAAGACCCGGUUUUGAAGACUAGAGAUUUAAGGUCAACUAGUAGACCCCAACCUUUAGAUGAAACCUAUUCAAGCAAAGAAUUGGUUAAAAAAGAAGAUGAAUUACACCCAAAUUUCAGACGUAUCAUCAUUGAUGAUAAUGUUAAAGAAGAGAAAAUCGGUAUUAAAUCACUCUAUUCUUACUCAGAUAAUCAAUAUUCCAAUAUUCCAAUAUUCCAAUAUUCACAAUAUACUAAUAUAAAUUAUUGUAUAGACGAUUUGGAUGUGACGAUAUCUUUAUUAUCAAGUAAUACUAAGGAUGGAUCAGCACCUCCUUUGUUUGAAAAUUAUGUUGCAAUACCAUCAUUUCCAAGAACUAACGAGACUGUUAAAGGGUCAUCACUCAUGGUAAUUUUAACAUUCCAUUCGAAUGUAUUGAAUAUUUUGUAG